UCAUCAUCACUACUAAAUUCAUAUUUGGGCAACUAGUGUCUAUUUGAUUUCUUCUUAACAAUUCCUUAUUAUUAUGAAUGCCUAACUCUUCAGGAAAUUGUCUAAUUAUCCGUAUAGAUGCUGGCUUACAGUAAGAAAACCAAGAAAGCGAUCUGUAAUUACUAUGGAGCUCCAUUAACUUCAAUAAAGAAGGAGCCAAAUCCAUAUGAGCACCACUACCUUAAUGCUGUGUUUCAUCUUCUAUUGAACCUUGAAGGACAAGCUGUUGGAUAUGAAACUUUAACUGAAAGACUAGUGAAUCUUUUCAUCAAAGCUGCUGAUUACAAGAAAGAUGAUGCUACAGACUCCAUCGGGCAGGUCUUUCUGAGCUUCAAGGAGAAAUGAGAGAAAUAUCAAGCUGAAAAUGAUCCAGAAUUAUCAUUCUUGCCUGUCCUGCCCACUAGUGAAGCACUGAUCUCUAUCCUUGAUUCAGAUUAUUUUGAAGAAGGAAUCACUACUUUUUAUGGAAGUCCUGAUACAAAAGCCUGAAUGCUUGAGCUGAUCCUGACAACUAUCAGAAACUUAGAAGUAGAUAAGAAAGGGGAAUUCGGAUCUGAACUUAUGGGUGAUGGAUCUAGUUUCAUCGAUACAUAUUUCAAAGGUCAGACUACUGACAGUUAUGCAAGCUCUUAUUGCAAUUACAGCUUUCCUGUUCGGAUGGAUGGCAUUUUUGAUGAAAUUAAGACGUCUGAAGGACAAUCAAAACUACUGCAAACUUUGGUAUCUGUUCGGGCACAAAAUGAAAUUAAUUCCCCAGUCUACACAUCAAUGGGCCAAAGAUUUCUGGUAAUAAAGCUUGAUUAUAGCAAUAUCACGCUUAUAAGGGAGGAUAUCCAAUCUAUUUGGACAUCAGUUGAGUCUAGCUUCAACACUGAAUUGCUCACUUCUCUACCUACUGAAGAGCACAAAGAUUCUGAGGCAAAUGCAGAACUUGUUGCAGUUAUUGAUAGACUGAAUAAAGAUUUUAAAACAAGCAAUAAUGAAGUCAAUAUGCUUAUCGAUUCAAAAUGGAGAAACCUCAAGACAACGAUCUAUAAGUCAAAUACUUAUGCUAACAUUGUUGAGGACUGAGUCUCAUCCCAACGGGUGCCUUUAGUACUGGUGUACAGACUUCUAGACAAUAUCCCAAAGCCAGAGCCUCCAACAUCUGCUCAGAAGAUUAAAGAAGUCAAUAAAAAUUCUCUAAAAUCAAAGGAAGGUCCAAAAAAAAAUCAUGGAUCGGGUAGCAAUAAUGGUAAUGGAGAAAAACCAACACGUGAAGUUCCACCAUUAAUGAAUGCACCAGCUCCAAAAUCCAACCCAUCUGUGCAGGAAAAAGAUGUUCCUUACAAUGACGGAAUCAGGAAAUGUAAAUGCGUUAUAUUUUAAAUACUUUUCUAUUAA